CAAGGCAGCAGUCACGACGCCAAAGACGAUUGCAAAGACAAAGAGCAACGCAAAGAGCAAGAGCAAGAGCAAGAGCAAGAGCAAGACUAAAGUAGAGUCCCAGAGCGGCAAGAAGAAGAAGAAGCAAAGAGUCGCGGUGCACAAGUUCUCGUUCGAUUACAGAACGCUUACGCCUGAGAACGACGCGCCAAUGGAAGAGGUGCCGGCUGUUGCGUCGUCGAGCGCGGUGCAGGAGUUUGACCCUUACUUGCACCUGCCUCCUGCCGAGCGACGCGAGUUCUUUGCGACGGGAAAGCGGCCGGAGCCAGCGCCCAAGGCGGAAGCGAGCCCAAAGUCGACUGUCAGGUUGGUGAAGAUCGACAAGCCUUCGUCUCCUACCUCUGCAGAUUCCAAAGACGUCGUCAACGAGGGCAGCGUGUCGUACCACAAAGCGAUCCUCAUCUGCAGAGACAUGCAGUUCUACAUUCCCUACAACCGAAUGCUUGCCGAGCUUCGCGAGAUCGAAAGCGACUGGACCGGUCUGGAUGUGAACGACCCCGACCUGCGCGUGCUCGGACUCGUCAGCGAGAUCGACCGCGCAUGGGAGCACUGGCAGUUCCUGUGUCGCGCGUCCGAGUUCAAGGGACAUGAGGAGUUUGACCAUGUGCUUGCCUGCUCAGCGCAUCUCACCCGCGGCUACCGCGUCAAGCUCAAAAACGUCCGAUACACCGACGCGGAAUGCCGCCGGCUGAACCCCAAGCUCAAGCCCGAGGUGCUCAAGGACAUCCUCGCCCAGCUCUGGACCGAGACCGAGGACGAGAUCAUCGUGAUCAUGUCGCCGAUCAAGCAGCUCUACGGCACCUUCAAGCGCAAGGAAUCCCAAGUCGCGCGCGCGCCAAACGGCUUCUUUUUCUUCCGCGAGUACGUCCAGGCCUGCUUGAAGGACUACAAGAACCCGAAGCUCGUCGGCGACUUUGGCAGCUUUGUCUCGACCUUGGCGGGAAACCUCUGGCACAAGAUCCAGGACCAGCAUCCGCUCUUCACGGCCUUCAGCCAGGUUAACAGUCGCUUGCACGCGCUUAUGAAUCCGGGAUACAAGUUCUGCAAGAGUCCUGCGAAGAUGGACAUUGUUCGUCCUCACGUUUCGAAGAAACGUCACGGCUCGAAAAAGCGUCGGUCAACGGCGUCUGUUUAGACGCGACACUUGCCUCACGACAAUUCUAUUCGCUCUUGUUGUCUCGCAGCCGUUUCUGGUUAUUAUUAUUCUCUUUUUUUAUUACUUUUUGUAUUAUUAUCGUUUGUACAUACUCGUAUCCAAACGCUGCUAUGCAGCCGGAGUAUGUGGUUGUAAAUAUCUGGGUUUUUGUUUUGGGACUUCACGGGGAGCAUCCUGGUUACUACGAAAAGUUCGUCGGUCUACAUUCAUUCUCUUUUCUGUUUUUAUUAUUACGGGGCACAUCUGCAUUUCUGGGUUUUUAUAUGGUUAGUUUUCAAUAAUAGUAUUUUUUAAUUGUGGUUAUGGGUGCUUUAGAAUAUUGGGUAGAGCCGUAUUGUGAGUGAAAGGGUGGUUUUAUCGUUGGCCAUCUGUGGACUGUACAUGG